AUGGACGGGCAAAUAUCAGUAGGUUCUGUGUUUAUGUGCCGGCUGUGCAACCAGUUCUCUCCCAAUCACACACUGCUGCUGAACCACUGCUCCCAGUUGCACCCCCUUCAGGAGCAGCAUGAAGAUAUCAUUGUUGCUCUACAGCCUCUUGCAGGAGUGCCUUUGGAAACUGCAGCAGAGAUCCAGGUUAAGCGAAAACGAGGACGGCCAAAAGGCUCCACCAACAAAGCACACACAGGUCACAGGAAUGCCAGAGACGGCUCCACGCAGUCUCCAGAGGACAAAGACCAGAUACAAUAUGGGCCGAAACAAGAAGACAAAAAGAGUGAUGACAACAGGAUAUCUGAGCUAAAAUGCAAUGAUUGCCAUCGUUUGUUCAGCAACAAACGACAAAUUGUCAAACACAUCUGUCUGAAGAAACAGUAUGAGGAAGAAGAGGAUGAUUACACUGGAAAUAUUUUUCAACCUUCAAAGCGCAAGAAGAAAAGCCCAAUGCAUUCUGAUGGGCAAAAUGUCACCUCCAAAGAUGCCAAAAAAAGUAUCAUCAAGGUUGUUCUCACUGAAGAUGAAUCACUCCCAGGCCAGUAUUGUAACACUGCAGUUUCUCAGGAUGAGCAAGCAGACAAUCAGUCUGCUACAAGUGUUGGGGAAACCAAAGCAGAGCAGGUCCUAAGUUACAACAAUACAGAAUCAGUACCGGGAAAAGGCUUCCAGGAAUAUUCAAUCAAGCAAGAUGUUUGCAAUGAACUUCCCAGCCAACUGAAGGUCUUCGCCUGCGAGAUCUGUAAUAAGAUCUUCAAGUUUCGACACUCGUUGAUGUCCCACCUCAGGACUCACACCCAAGAGAAGCCCUUUAAAUGUCCACACUGUGACUAUGCCUCUACCAUCAAGGCAAACCUGACUGUUCACCUAAGGAAGCACACUGGAGAGAAGUUCAGUUGCCAACAUUGUGCUUUCAAAUGCCUCAACCCAGGACACCUCAAGGUCCACGUUGAGCGAGUUCAUCUGAAGGUCAAGCAGCAUUGCAGCUUCUGCCUAAAGAAGUACUCCGACGUGAAAAACUUGAUCAAACAUAUAGAAAAAAGUCAUAAUUUGAAAGACCCAAUUAUCUACAAGAGCUACAAACAAUUGAGGCUGAAGACUCGUCAUGGGCUCAGACAACUCCUCUACCACUGUCCCACCUGUAGCCGCUGCUUUAAGAACCAGGCAGAGCGCGAACGCCACUUACUAGUUCAUGGUCCUCAGCGGCCAUUUUCCUGCUGGCUCUGUGACCAAGCCAGAACCAGCUUGGCCACGCUAGCUGCUCAUGUCAGGAAGCAUCCAUUCUUGUAUCUAUGCUAUAAAUGUGACAGGAAGUUUGUUAGCAGUCAGAGACUCAAGAGUCACCUCACGGAGAGUCACCCUGAGCUGGAGCAAGAACAGGCAUUCACAGAGUGUAUUAAAAACAGCUUUUACCUGAUGAAUGAUGGGGAAAAUUUGUCAGUAGAUCAAGAAAAUGUAGGGAAAGAAGCUGGCUUAAUCAUGAAGGGAAGCACCAAGCUGGGAGCUGAGAGCAGAGAGGAAGUGUUAAGAACCAGUAAGGAGUCGAGUAAUGAUGAAGAUGAGCCACUGAAAGUGGCAGCAAUGGAAGCUACGAGGCAAGAGAAGGAGGGUGUUGAACUUCAGCAUAAGUAUGCAGAAUCAGAGUCCACAAGUGAAGGAUCUGCUCAGAAACUCCAACCCCAAACUGUCCUAGAGACACAGAAGGACACAUCUGUUGAAUCUUUGACAACAAAACACAAAUUCAGCUCUGCAGAUGCCAAUAGGCAAAGACACACCCCUCUCUCGGAAGACGCGCCCACAGAUACCAGUAAUCAACUUGCUGAUGAUAAGACAUGUGACAACAUUCAAGAGACCAAUUUUAACCCUGACACACAUUUGCCUUCAGGACUUUCAGAAGUUGACACCCAAACUGUACAAUCAGAGAAGGACAUCCAAAUAAGUGCUUUCCAGCAGGUGCUGUCAUCUAUUCCGAAGACACUCCUCAAUAUGGAGAUUUUCCAGCGGCUCAGGAAAAUGUAUGGAGACCUGGAGUGUCAAUACUGUGGGAAAUUGUUCUGGUACAAGGUCCACUAUAACGCCCAUGUGCGAACACACACCAAGGAGCACCUACAUUAUUGCUCAAAGUGCAACUACUCGUCCAUCACCAAAAGCUCUUUGAAGAGGCAUCAGAAUCAAAUCCACAGUGGCUUGCUACUGCCAUGUUCUAGCCCAGGAUGUAAAUACACUACUCCUGACAAAUACAAACUACAAGUACAUCAGAGGACUCAUCAGCAGGAGGGAAAGGUUGCAUGUUCCAUUUGCCAUCAAAGCUAUCCAGAGCACAGACUUAAACGGCACAUCCAAAUAUCCCACCCUGAGACAUUACCAGUUAAAGGGCAGAUGGUGAAGCGAGCAGAGAAAUGCCCAUACUGUGAGUCAUACUACCUCAAGAACAGCACUGAAUUUCAACAGCACCUUUGGGCCCACCAAGGAGUGAAACCUUUGAAAUGCAAUAUAUGUGACUAUGCAACCCGCAGCAGGUAUAAUUUGAAAAAUCACAUGAACCGACAUAUCACCGGAAAAUCUUAUACAUGUGACCUGUGCUGUAAAAAGUUUAAAUCCAAAGUGUCGUUGAAGAACCACAGACUGAGCCACACCAACCAAGGGAAGAAACUUAAGUGCUCAGAGUGUGACUUCAGUUCAGGUCUCAAGGCUGCUUUGUGCAGACACAUGGAGCAGCACGCUAGUUUUAAGCCAUUUCAUUGUGCUCACUGCCACUACUCCUGCAACACCUCUGGUCCUCUGAAACGACACUACAAGACAAAACACCCAGGGCAGGAAUAUCAAAAUGUCAGCGAAGGACUCUCAGAUGCAGAACAUUCCACGCAACAAGGCACCAAGUGCCCUGAAUGUACUUAUGUUUAUGGCACCAAAUGGGAGCUGAAUCGACACAUGAAGAAUAAGCAUCGUCAAAAAGGGGUGGAAUGCACCUGGGAGGUAGAAGAGACCGUAGAGAGCCAAUUUGUGCCUUUGGUGCAAGGAGAGGAGUUGGCAGAAGAACAUGUGGCUGCCCUACAAGAUAAUGGGACUGAUAAUAUUCUUCAGAAGAUUGUUGAGUUAAGCUCAGAAACUCAUGAUGCCAUCGCUUCCAUGGUUGCUAUGGCUCCUGGCACUGUUGCAGUGGUAGAACAGGUAGCAGAUGAGGAGGAAGUCGGUGACCACCAACUGAUGGUUGUGAACGCAGAUGGUGAUCUUUCUGGUGAGCAGGUGGUGGUAGUAGAGGAGGGACACGGACUGGAGGCUCUCACGGUCCUCACUCAAGAUGACAACACUCACCACUAUAUUGUUUAUGUGCAGGAACAAACUGUGGAAAUCUAA